AAAGUUGUGCCGCGCUUACCCGGUUACCUCAGCCUCGUUCCCACCGGUACGCUCUUGCGACGCCAUAGGAAGGAACGCGCACGCUGCCUAUGGAGUCAAGGUUGCAAUUACCUUAACUUGUUUACAACAUCAUGUCUUCCCCGAGUAGGUUACGUUGCGGGCGGGGGAGCAGAUUUUCUGCGCUGUAAUUCAAGGAUGAAUAUGACAAAAUAUGGAAAAGCUUAUCGUAUUAUCGGGCUUCUUGUUCUUCCUAGCAGACGUCUUCGCUGUGGCGAGUCUGGCUAAUCCAGAAUGGGUUAUAUCAGAAGAUGCAAGUAAUAUCAGGAUUGGCUUGACGUCACAGUGCCUUACAAUUUUUGGUCGGGACCCUGUUUGUCUGGCGCCCAACCUGUCGCCUGAAUGGAUAGCCACAUUGGUUUUCAUCAUUCUCGGCAUUCUCUGCUUGACAGUCACAUGCGUACUGUUGGCCAUCUCACUCAAGAAGUUCACUGCCUUGAAGUACGCAAGAUGGGUGGCAUUUUCUGCGAUGAUCUUCUUCUGUGUGGCCGCUCUCAUCUUUCCGGUCGGGUUUUAUGUGGACGAGAUAGGUGGGGAGCCCUACAAGCUACCCACCACUGUCAAGGUGGGCUCCUCCUAUGUCAUGUUCAUCCUAGCCAUCUUCCUCACCAUCAUCUCCGAGCUGUUUGCUGGCAAGAUAUGCCUCCCGAGACUUUGAUGAUUUGGGAGCAGCUGGAAGCAACUGGAUCGGGAGUGGCGAAAAAAAAGAAAGAAAAGAUGCAAUUUAGAGCUUUUUUUUUUUAAACAUGAAGCCAAAAAGGAACAGCCUUAAAAUGGUGGCCUCAGCUUUUCCUGUUGUGCCUUGUCUGCCCUCAUUUAAUCCAUUGAAAGGAAACUUAGAAUAGUUGUAUAAUAACAUCAACAAACCACUCAACAAAAAUGAAGCAGAAUUUUUUUUGUCUUUUAGAAAAAAUCUUUAGGCAUUCUUUAGCAUUUUCCAGGACUGGAGAAGUUCCAGACAAUGUUUUCAUGCUGCAGUAUUCACACCCUUAGACAUGUUCAAGAGAUACUAGAACAUACUGUGCAUGAGUAGUUUAUUUUAUUAUUUUAUGAUCCCAUAGAAGAGUCUUGCAGUAUUUUAACCCCUUGACGACGGGAAUUUCUUUCUGAAAGCCGACUCCAAGAAUUCCAGCCUCGCUUGGCCACGAAGUC